AUGCGCCGCGAGUUGGAGACCGCGGUGAGCGCCGCCACGGUGGCCGAGGCGCAGGAGGCGCAGGCGGUGAACGAGGCGCGCGAGGCCGACGGACGCGUGGAGGUGGCCAAGAAGACCAGAGCAUAUUUGAUGAAAAUCCGACGAGCUGUGCAAGCUUACUAUGGCAGCAUUGAUGAGCUCGAAAGCGCGGUAGAUGGCAAGGCGAAUGUGCAGCUUAAGGAGGUUCCCGAAGCCAAGAUAGUCUUGGAAAAGUACAACUUGAUGCUGAGCGCCUUUGGAGAUUUGCACGCCUAUGAUGCGGAGGUCUACAAGAAGGUCACGGCCGCCAAAGAGGAAGUGAAGAAUAAUGCCUUCGCACAGCUCCGCUUCAUCUGUGAUAUGCUGGGCAUUUCGACCUCGGAGGAAGGGCAUUGCCUGACCGGCCUUUGGAAGACUUUUGGCAUGGCCAAGUUGCAGUUCCCGGACGAAGAAGUGGAGGAAGCACCGGAAGCACCGGAAGCGCCGGAAGCGCCGGAGGAGAUUGAAGACGUGAUCCCGGACGAGCCGUUGGAGGAACCGGAAGAAGAAGACGACGACAUGGACAUAGAGACGCCCCAGGAACCGGAAGCAAAACACGAUGCCAUGGACAUAGAGACGCCCCAGGAACUGGAAGCAAAACACGACGCCAUGGACAUAGAGACGCCCCAGGAACUGGAAGCAAAACACGACGACAUGGAUAUAGAGACGCCCCAGGAACCGGAAGAAGAAGACGACGACAUGGACAUAGAGACGCCCCAGGAACCGGAAGCAAAACACGACGCCAUGGACAUAGAGACGCCCCAGGAACUGGAAGCAAAAAACGACGACAUGGAUAUAGAGACGCCCCAGGAACCGGAAGAAGAAGACGACGACAUGGACAUAGAGACGCAUGGUUUUAAGGGUUGA